UUAGGGUGGCACUUAACAAUAGGGUGGAAAAAAAAAUUAUCAGAUUUUUAGGCGUGCGGGUGGUUUUCUGGUUCCAUUCCCGUAGAAAAUAAUAUGUGCGGAAGGAUUUUGAAAAAUAUUAAGGUUUAGAGGUCGCGAAUUGAGGUCAAAGUUGACAUUUUUUUUAAAAUGAACUUCUGCAAAUUUACUUGAAACAUAUUCCGAGCAACAUUUUCCAUCCUUAAAUUGCAUUUUCAGCGUAUUGUGACGGUCACACCCGGGCCUCACCUCAAUGCACGCGCGUGACCGCCCCUGCGCGCAUCCAGAGACUGGCCGCCGGCAGCUGCCCUUCGCCCCCAGAACAUGACCCGGCUCGGUGGACCGGGCGGCUGUGCCGCGGCCCCGACAGUGCCCGACCAGUGAACUACGUGACUGCAGUGUGCACGCUACACUUGGUGGCUGUCGAGUGUCGACCUUUUUUCGUCUAACCACCGUCAACCGUGGGUUGAGAUACGAUUGCGACGACAAGGUCAAACACAGCUGUGUACCUUGUUCGUAGUACACUGAACGAACUUACGGGAAGCCGACUCCCAACGCGAGGACAAGUUCUCCGUCUCUUCUUGCACCUUCAUUUGGAACUAAAGCACGAGAAGAAGCCCGCGGCAGCCAGGGUGAUCGAUGAGGUACUCGCAUUCUGGACCCGAGCACGUAUUCCGGUCCAGGCAGCCCACCGGGCGUGCGACAAACUCAUCCGACUCUACGAUGAGUGGGUCUCCUUGAAGAAGAGCAAGUCAAAGCGCGGGCCGACUCAGGUGGCGAGGGAGGAUGCAUUCGUCGUAUCCCUGCGUCGCCUCUUUGACAUCGCGCAUCAAGACGCGCUUACACUCCUCACAGAGGAAGAAGACCGGUCCUUCCUGCUGGCCCAAAGAGAGGAUGAGCCCCGCGGUUCUCUCGGUUCUAGAGACAUGUCCCUUGCUGUCAAAGAGAAGAAAGCCAAUGAGAAGUUAGAGUCUACGAAUCGCCGAAGGACGGAAGCGGAGGCGAAAGUGCGCCUUGAGCUGGACCGAUCUGUUGUGCUUUCGGACAGUUCUUCCGCGGGCAGUUCUGGCGACUCCAUUGCUAGUGCUGGCAAUAGUCCUACCCGACCGUUGCGGCGCACACUCGAAGGAAACGUCUCCGACGAUGGCAACAAUGAGAGGCCCUCAACGUCGGCACAUACUCCGAAGCGCAUGCGGGCGAGCAGGCGAAAUACCGUCCUCAGCAGUGAACUGGGCGCCGCGCUCGACCGGACCAAGCUGUCCAACCGCAAUGCGGUUCACCUGUUGUCAGCUGCAGCACGGAACUUUGGACAUGACCCCGCCGAGCUGGUACUGAACCGCGAAUCUUUCAGGCGCGCUCGGAUGAGGUUCCGCGAGGAGGCUUCAAAAGAGAUCAAGGCCGCGUUCAACCCCGACGUCGUUCUCAUCGUCCACUGGGACGGAAAGAUCGUCCCCGAGAGCGAUGGAGGAGGAGGGAGCGUCGACCGGCUCCCGGUCCUGGUGUCGGGGGGUGGAGUGGCCAAGCUCCUCGCCGUCCCCAAACUCCCAUCCGGCCGAGCACAGGACUGCGCCCAGGCCGUGUUCACUGCGCUGGAGGACUGGGGACUUGAGAAGCGGGUCCGCGGCCUCUGCUUCGACACCACGGCGGUGAACAGCGGGCUAGUGAACGGGGCUUGUACCCUCAUCGAGCAAAAGCUGGAUCGGCCCGUCCUCCACCUAGCCUGCCGGCACCACGUGUACGAACUGAUCCUGGAGAAGGCCUUCUCCACUUGCCUUAGCAUCUCGAGCGGCCCUGACAUCCAGCUGUUCAAGAGGUUCCAAGGCCGAUGGAGGCUCAUCGACAGGACUACGCCGGAGCCAUUCACCGCCGAUGACGUUCCGGAGCGGGACGAGCUGUUGGUCAGCUUUCGUCGCUUCCUAGACCACGCCCAGCCCCGGGACGACUACCGGGAGCUUCUGGAGCUCUGCGUAAUUGCUCUCGGCGGAGUUCCGAAGCGCGGCGUCCGUUUUUCUCGCCCCGGAGCGCUCCACCGGGCCAGGUGGAUGGCAAAAGGCAUCUACGCUGUGAAGACCUUCCUCUUUAGGGAGCAGUUUCGGUUGACCGCUGCCGAGGCCCGGGGCAUCAGGCGCUGUGCGCUGUUCGUCGUCCGCACGUACGCCGCCGCUUGUUUUCGGACUCCAUUCGCCGCUGCUGCGCCGGCGCUGGACCUGGCCUUCAUGAACGCUCUCCACGCCAACCCCGACAAGGAGCUGUCGAAGGCAACAGUCCCUGUCUUCGGCCGCCACCUGUGGUACUUGAGCGAACGGCUGGUAGCUCUGGCACUCUUCGACCCCGACCUUCCUCUCGGGGUCAAGCGAGACAUGGUGCGGGCCAUGGACUUACAGGAGGAGGAGGAGGAGGACGAGGACCCGCCCCGCAAAUCCACAGUGGACAUCAACAGCGCCACUCUCGCGACCAAGACGGUAGCGAGCUUCGUCACCCCGUCAUCCAAGCAGCUCUUCAAGAUCCUCGACCUGGAAACAGGGUUCUUCAAGCAGGAUCCUGCCCACUGGGAGGAGGACAGCAGCUACCAAGCCGCAGCUCGUGUGGUCCGAGAGCUGCAAGUCGUGAAUGACUUCGCCGAGCGCGGAGUGGCGUUGAUGCAGGCCUAUAACCUGGCCCUCACGAAAGACGAGGAUCAGCGUCAGUUCCUCCUGCAGGUCGUUGAGGACCACAGAAAACGCUACCCCGACGCCUGCAAGUCGACUGCGACUGCCAGGCAGGCCACAUAAAGUAUGAGAUGGGUGUGCCCAUGAUACCUCCAACCCCCUGGUGAGGAGCUAAUGCUCUGAGAAGACGGGGCUCGUGAGCAUCAGUGUUGCGGUGUGACCAAAGCUGACUGAAGUGUCAAUAAACAAUAAAAAUGACUAUGAAAUGCAUUUAAAUAAUCCAAAAGUAGUGUAGCAAUAGCGUUUGAAAGGAAUUUCAGAACUAUGGAAAUUGCCACCAAAAUCUCAACUUUGCCAUCGAUUCGCGACCUCUAAAUAUACAUAUUUUUCAAAAAAAAAUUUGCAUACUUUAUUUUUUCCGGGUAUGGAACUAGAAAACCGCCCGCACGCAAAAAAAAAUCAAAAAUCAAUUUUUAAGUGCCACCCUAGUGUGCGUGUGUGUGUUUUUU